UUGUUAAUUGUUGAAAAGGCAAGUUUUAAAAACGGUUUGAGACUAUAGUGAUGGACAGUCAGGCUCCCGCCGAUGGACACUUAUUAGACAUUGUCGAUAAUAAGUGGCGCGAAGAAGAGUUACCGUUUGAUCAGAUACUAGUACCGGCCGACAAAUUGCCCGACCCCGAAGCAGAUGGUGGUGAUUCACACUUAACUCUAAGUGAACAGGAACAAAAAUGGACUGAUUUAGCCCUUGGCUCCCUUGCACCCGAAUCUUCUCUCAACGAUCAACUGAAUCUAACAACAUUCUAAGAAACUUCCAACCAAAGCUUCUUAGA